AGCUAUGAAGGGGCUUUCCAUCCUGCUGGGAAUCCAGCUGCUGCUGUUCACAGCGAUGCUGGUUUCAGCUGUUGAGAUGAAGGAGCGUAUAGAGAGAGGUGUUGAGGACUAUUAUGAGAGGAUGAGAAGAGGUAGUGAAAAGGAGAUGUUAGGAGACGUUAGUGAGGAGAGGAGAGCUUUAGAUGACGACGACGAUGAUUAUAAAGGGCUGGAGGCCAGUGAGAACAGAAAAGAUGAAAAGAUAAAGAGAGCAGUCAGUCACGUUGCUACAGACAGGAUUGAUGAAGCUGCUGAGAACAGCGUUGAUGAGGACGGGAGCAGUGACAGCGAAGAGAUUUCAGAUGAUGAGAGGAUGAAUACAGCCAAGGUGAAAGAGAAAAUGAAGCCUUAUGUUGAAGAUAGUCCAGACGAUAAAGACAGCAUGUACCGAGCCAGUGCUGAAGGUCCUGAAAGGAAGAUAAGAGCGCUUGAUGAUUCUGAAAACAAUAGGAUGAAUAUCGCUGGAGGGGUCAACUUUAAAGAUAGGUUGAUAAAAGCCAUUGAAAAGAAGCAGCAAGGACAUCAUAACAAAGCCAAGGGUUCGAAGAUGAAAAAACAUAAGAAGAAAACAGCUGACAACACCAAAGAGAAAGAAAAGAGGAAGACAGCAGCUGUUGAGAGUGUCACGUAUGAGAGGGUGAAGAGAGCCGUCAAUGAUUUGAUUAACAAAGCUGCUCACGAUGAAGAUGAAGACAAGGAUAGAAUGAGAAGAGCCUGGCGAUGACGGCACCAAGAUGUUCAAUAUAUUUGAAGAUUAAGUUUUGUUAGAACUGCAGCAUUUUAUAUUUAAGCAAAAUCGCUCUUAAUUAAUAAAACUUUGACAGCAUAAUUGUUUAUUUUUUUAUGAUAAGAAUGUAAAAUUAGGCUAGUUCCCUGUCAGGACUAGGCCUUUCUCCCCCCACAACUGGUUAUGUUCACUAGUCCCAGCACGCAGAGAGAUUGUACUGUACACGUAUGACAAAUAUUUUCUGCAUGAUG